AUGCGUCUCGCCCACCUGCACAUCCCAGACAUAACGUCCUUCACACGGGUCUCCAACCUACAACAAACCCUCACAACGCGACUCCUCGCCCACAAAAAGCUCACUCCCAAAGAAUCCCUGCCGACCACAAACCCCCCGGACCCAACCAUCAUAACCUUCACCCCGAACCCGGUCUACACAACAGGCCGCCGCGACCUCCCACCCUCCAACACAAGCCCCUCAGCAGCGCUCUCGCUACCGCCGCCGCUCGAGCCGAUCCGCUCGCUCCUCACCUCCGCCAACGGCGCAGAGUACCACCCCACGCUCCGCGGCGGGCAAACGACAUACCAUGGCCCCGGGCAGAUGGUAGCCUACACGAUCCUCGACCUGCGGCGGCUGGGGCUCACGCCGAGGUGCCAUAUCCGGGUGCUGGAGAAUAGUGUUGUGGAUGUGUUGCGCGGGUACGGGAUCCGGGGAUUGAUUACGGAGGAUCCGGGGGUGUGGGUGCCGCCAGUGGGCGGGGAGGGAGUGCCGAAGAAGGUCACGGCGGUCGGGGUGCAUCUGCGGCGGAAUAUCAGUAGCUAUGGGAUUGGGUUUAAUGUCACGGAGGAGCCGAUGUGGUGGUUUAAGCAGAUUGUGGCGUGUGGGCUGGAGGGGAGGGAGGCGACGAGUUUGGAAGGGCAGGGGGUGUCUGGGGUUGAGAUUGGGGAGGUUGCGGAGCGGUUUGUAAGUGCGUUUGUGGAGAGGAUAAAUCAGGAUUUUGCUUGUGGUGAAGGUGCAAAGGGGGAGAAGAUUGAGGGGGUGUAUAGGGUUACGGAGGAGGAUGUGCUUGGGGUGGAUUAG